AUGUCGCUUGCACGUCCCAAUAAGCGAGCUCGAAGCGCAAUUGCUUGUCGACGGUGUAAGCAGCGCAAACAGCGAUGUGAUAACGGAUUUCCCGCCUGCGCCGCUUGCGUUGCGGCAUCCGCAACGUGUUCCUACGAGAGUAACGUAUACCCCGAGGAGCAUGUCGAAACACUGCGGGCGCGUGUUGCGGAUCUUGAGCGCCAGCUGCACACACAGAAACAGCUCCAGGGCCAUUCUGUAGCCACCGUAUCCCCCGCAGUCGACAGUUCCAGUGGACGUCCAUCUGGAUUACAGGACUCCCAGCCUGUAGCACCCCUUGAUCAAUGUGCUGAUGACGGAUACGAGGAUCCAGGAGGGGAAGACCGAGGAGAGGACGAGGCAAAUACUGCUUUCGACAUGCUAUCUCCUGGAGCAUCGUAUCUGGGCUUCUCGAGUGGAUUUCCUCUGGCAAGGAGUGUGCAUGCAGCGAUCGGUCCCACACCGCUGAGUCAUCGCCAGUCCAGUCGAACAGACUCAGCGCGGAACAGUAGGCCUUGGAACAUCGCCUCAGACUUUUUACCGAUUACCAGACCGAAAUCUGCAAAUUCACUGCAGCUGUCUCAAUUCUUGGACGCUUACUUGAGCAAGGUACAUCCCAAGCAUAUGUUCAUUUCAUCCCGCCGCCUCUUCCGUUUGCACGAAUCUCGCGAGGCCUUGUUACACGCGGCCCGGCCUCCAAAGAGAAACGCCGUGCUAUCCCGGUGCCAAUUCCUCCUCCUACACAUGGUCUACGCCAUUGGUGCUCGCUAUAUUCAGCUUUCAAGAGAACAGUCUCGGUUCAGCUCCGAAGCGCACUAUGCCCUUGCUGUCGAAGACAUACAAUGUCUUUUCGAAACCCGUGGUCUCGAGUCGGUCGAAGGUCUGCUGAUGCUUGUCAUCUUCCAACUACGCUUUCCCUCACCUCCCGGCAUCUGGUCCGUUGUUGGUACAGCCAUGCGACAUGCCAUCAGCAUCGGCCUGCAUCGGAGGUUCAACGGCACAAGUUUGGUUAUGGACCAACGUAGGAAACGUGUCUUUUGGACCAUCUACAUGCUUGACCGCUCCAUGGCUCGGACACUUGGUCGCCCUGUCUGUAUUUCGGACAGAGAUAUCGAUGUCGACCUUCCUGCUAACGUUUCUGUCGAUAUUGAAGAGGAGGAAGAAAUGGUAGCAGCGCUACAAGCGGACCCAGGGCCUACGCCCAUGGCUGCAGCAAUCCAUCUCUUUCGACUAUCACGAAUUGAAUCCAAGAUCUAUUCCACCAUCCAUCGCGUGGACCUACCAUUGUCCGAUCUUAAGCCUGCCAAGGUGGCCCAGCUCCGUCAACAGUUGGAUGACUGGAGAGAUCAAAUACCAGUGGCGGUGCCGAGCGCCAACGACUAUGACGAUCUGCCCAACUAUUAUGUGAAGCCAAACUACUACGUCCUGCAAUAUCACAAGGCUAUGCUACUGGUACUUUUACCGUGCCUACCCAGGUUGCCCGUUACGCAUCCUGACUUCCGCCUUUGUAUCGCGUCUGCGGGCCAAGUAGGUCAGCUCUACAAGUCGCUUCAUGACCACCAAAGCUCUCUUUCCUACUCGCUGAUUGCUCUGCACGCAACAUUUGUUGCGGGGUUGACGCUGAUUUACUGUUUCCUUGCUGAUAAGACCAUUUUCGACUUACAUUUCAGUAGCGACAUCCGUGCUUGCAGCACGGUGCUUUAUGUCAUCUCUGAACGCUGGUCUGCUGCACGAAAGAUACGCGAUGCCUUUGAGCGAAUGAUCAGCAACACGGUCGAGAAGGAUCAAUUCCGCAAUUCAGAGCAGGGAGCCUCCCAGGGUGGCGGACAGCUUAUGGACGGCCGUUCGGCAGACGUUUUAGAAACAACGGCCGACCACCAUCAAACCGACGUGCUCUGGUCAGAGUUAGCAACCCUCAUUCCGCCACAUACCGAGGAACAUAGUACAUCGUUUGUACCUAUGGCUCGAGACAAUCCUUCGGAAGACUUGUGGGCCACUCUAGGGUCCUGGUUUGGUGAGACAGAAGACUCCUGGCUGGAAAGCAACUGGGACACGACGUCAGUCCACUAG